AUGCUGCCUGUCAUCGCUCACCAAGCCAUCUCUCUUACCUCCAUGAGCCUCGUCAACACUCGCCGAGCCUUCUCUGUUGUGCUACAUUGCCGGUGUUCCCUUUGCACAGCCCCUAUUUCUUCCUCUGUGUUGCCGACUUGGUAUCGGCCACUCAAGCCUUAUCACUGUGUUGCUUCCUUGGUAUCGGCCUCUUAUGCUCUAUCUAUGCUCAACCUGUGUUCUCCUCCCCUUCUUAAGCCCAAUCUCUUUCUUUGA